UGCAAGAUGGCUGCUACUGGAGUUUUUAGAUUUGAAAAAAACUUUUGGUUGUGUUUUUUAAAUAGUUAAUCCGAUGGCGUACAGUGUUAGGAACUACUAGAAAAACCUAGUAGCGACUUUUUUCUUUUUUCUAUGUAAAUCUCGGCGAGGUUUGAUGAGAGUAAGAUGAUGAUGCUACUAAUGAUGAUGAUGAUGCGGGAAUGCUGUGGACGCGAUGCGUUUUCUUUAGGGGUUUUUUUGGGCAUCAAUAGCAUCGGAAUAAAUGAGUAAACUUCACACAUCACGCAUCAUGUCGUGGCUGAUGGACUACAUUUGGGGGGCAAGCUAUGCUAUCAGCACACGGGCCCCUUCCUCUGGUGACGCUCCUCCCCUUUGGUCAGAAAGCCCCUCCCUUUCCAGACAGUCACUCCCCCAGUCUGGAACUCUGUCCUGGCAGGCCGCGAUCACUGCGGCGAGAAACGCCAGGGCCGAUGGCAACCAGACCAUAAGUACAUCGGACAGCGCUCCGGUAGGCUCGCUGUCUCAGAGGAAGAGGCAGCAGUAUGCCAAGAGCAAGAAGCAGGGUAGCGCCACCAAUAGCAGGCCUCCGCGGGCACUCUUCUGCCUCACCCUCAACAACCCGAUACGCAGGGCCUGCAUCAGCCUGGUGGAGUGGAAACCCUUUGAUAUCUUUAUAUUGUUGUCUAUUUUUGCCAACUGCGUGGCCUUAGCUGUUUACAUCCCCUUUCCUGAAGACGAUUCCAAUUCAACCAAUCAUGACCUGGAGACAGUAGAAUAUGCCUUCCUGAUCAUUUUUACUAUUGAGACGUUUCUGAAGAUAAUAGCCUACGGACUGGUAAUGCACCAGAACUCCUACGUUCGAAACGGCUGGAACAUGCUGGAUUUCAUUAUAGUCAUAGUAGGGCUGUUCAGUGUGGUUCUGGAGCUGAUGACCAAAGAGGGAGAUUCAGGCCAGUCAGGAGGAAAGCCGGGUGGCUUUGAUGUCAAAGCUCUGCGAGCAUUCCGUGUGCUCCGACCACUCCGGCUUGUCUCAGGAGUGCCCAGUUUACAGGUUGUGCUGAACUCCAUAAUUAAAGCCAUGGUUCCUCUGCUGCACAUUGCUCUGCUCGUGCUCUUCGUUAUCAUCAUCUAUGCCAUAAUUGGUCUGGAGCUCUUCAUUGGGAAGAUGCAUGCCACCUGUUACAUGAAUGGCACACGUACACUAGCAGAAGAAGAGCCUACCCCCUGCAAUCUGUCAGGUAAUGGACGUCCAUGCAGUGUUAAUGGCAGCGUAUGUAGAGAUGGCUGGCAAGGGCCCAACAAUGGCAUCACCAACUUUGACAACUUCCUGUUCGCUAUGCUGACUGUGUUCCAGUGCAUCACCAUGGAAGGCUGGACGGAAGUGCUGUACUGGAUGAAUGAUGCCAUGGGUCAUGAGCUGCCAUGGGUCUACUUCGUCAGUCUGGUCAUCUUUGGUUCCUUCUUCGUCCUCAAUCUUGUGUUGGGUGUUCUUAGUGGAGAGUUCUCUAAGGAGCGUGAGAAAGCUAAGGCACGUGGAGAUUUCCAGAAGCUGCGAGAGAAGCAGCAGCUGGAGGAGGAUCUGAAAGGAUACCUGGACUGGAUCACUCAGGCCGAGGACAUUGACCCGGAGAACGAAGAGGAUGGAGACCAAGAGGGAAAACGCAACCCGAGUAUGCCAACCAGUGAGACUGAGUCUGUUAACACUGACAGUCCAAAUGGAGAGGACGACAAGAUCUGCUGUUGUGGACCAGUCUGUCAAAAAAUUACUAAGUCAAAGUUCAGCCGUAGCUGGCGACGCUGGAACAGAUUCUGUCGUAGAAAGUGCAGAGCAGCGGUGAAGUCCACCACGUUCUACUGGCUGGUCAUUGUCCUGGUGUUCCUUAACACUCUCACCAUAUCGUCUGAACACUACGACCAGCCUGUCUGGCUCACUAAAGUACAAGAUGUAGCCAACAAGGUGCUGUUGGCCAUGUUCACCUGUGAGAUGCUGAUUAAGAUGUACAGCCUGGGCCUGCAGGCAUAUUUCGUGUCUCUGUUUAACCGCUUCGACUGUUUCGUGGUGUGCGGCGGCAUUGUGGAGACCAUCCUCGUCGAGCUGGAGAUCAUGCCGCCUCUCGGCAUCUCCGUGUUCCGUUGCGUCCGACUGCUGCGCAUCUUUAAAGUCACCCGUCACUGGGCGUCUCUGAGUAACUUGGUUGCCUCUCUGCUGAACUCCAUGAAGUCCAUUGCAUCCUUGUUACUGCUGCUCUUCCUCUUCAUCAUCAUCUUCAGCUUGCUGGGCAUGCAGCUCUUUGGUGGCAAAUUCAACUUUGAUGAAACAGUCACCAAAAGGAGCACAUUCGACAACUUCCCUCAGGCUUUGCUCACUGUCUUUCAGAUCCUGACUGGCGAGGACUGGAACACAGUGAUGUAUGAUGGGAUCAUGGCAUAUGGAGGCCCUUCCUCUUCAGGCAUGAUGGUGUGCAUCUACUUCAUCAUUCUUUUCAUCUGCGGAAACUACAUCCUGCUGAAUGUAUUCUUAGCCAUUGCUGUGGACAACCUGGCUGAUGCAGAGAGCCUGAACUCAGCACAGAAAGAGCAAGAGGAGGAGAACAAGAGGAAGAGGAGAGCCAGAAGAGGUAGCGUGGACAGGAAAGAGGAAGAUAAAGAAGGUGAAGAUGAAGAAACUAAGGGUGCAUUAGAGGAGGACACAGGGGAUGAGGAACGAGAGGCAGCUAAUUCCACAGAUGCGGAUGAUGAACUAGAUGUUCCAUCAGAACGGCGGCCUCAGAGGCUGUCGGAUUUUAGUCUCAAGGAGAAGGUUACGCCCAUUCCGGAGGGCAGCGCUUUCUUCAUCUUCAGCCACACAAAUCCUUUCCGUGUGGCCUGCUAUCGUCUGAUCAACCACCAGAUCUUCACCAACAUAACCCUUGUCUUCAUCAUGCUCAGCUCCUUCUCGCUGGCAGCCGAGGACCCCAUUCGGAACUCGUCAGCACGGAACAUCAUUCUUGGUUAUUUUGACUAUGCCUUCACAGCUAUCUUUACCGUAGAGAUCCUAUUGAAGAUGACGGCCUAUGGGGCAUUCCUGCACAAAGGAGCAUUCUGCAGAAACUACUUCAACCUGCUGGAUUUGCUAGUUGUUGGAGUGUCUUUGGUGUCUUUUGGGAUACAGUCCUCAGCCAUCUCUGUGGUCAAAAUUCUAAGAGUGCUGCGAGUGCUUCGUCCUCUUAGAGCCAUCAACAGGGCCAAAGGAUUAAAACACGUUGUGCAGUGUGUGUUUGUGGCCAUCCGAACCAUCGGCAACAUCAUGAUCGUCACCACUCUGCUACAGUUCAUGUUUGCCUGUAUUGGGGUGCAGCUGUUCAAGGGAAAGUUUUACCGCUGUACAGAUGAUGCCAAGUCGAGUGAAGAAGAAUGCAAGGGGACAUACAUACUGUAUAGUAUUGGUGACAAUGCAUUGCCACAAGUGCGGGAGAGGAAGUGGUCCAACAGUGACUUCAACUUUGACAACGUUGUAAAUGCUAUGAUGGCUCUCUUCACAGUGUCAACUUUCGAAGGCUGGCCAGCCCUUUUAUACAAGGCUAUAGAUUCAAACCGAGAAAACAUGGGGCCCAUCUACAACAACCGUAUCGAGAUCUCCAUCUUCUUCAUUAUCUACAUCAUCAUCAUUGCCUUCUUCAUGAUGAACAUCUUUGUAGGUUUUGUCAUCGUCACCUUUCAGGAGCAGGGAGAAAAGGAGUACAAGAACUGCGAGCUGGACAAAAACCAGCGUCAGUGUGUGGAGUACGCUUUAAAAGCUCGUCCAUUGCGGAGAUAUAUUCCAAAGAACCACUACCAGUAUAAGUUCUGGUAUGUGGUAAAUUCCACCGGUUUUGAAUACGUCAUGUUUAUUCUCAUCAUCCUCAACACUCUCUGUCUGGCUGUACAGCACCAUGGUCAGUCCCAUCGCUUUAAUUAUGCUAUGGACAUUCUCAACAUGAUGUUCACAGGAGUCUUCACGGUGGAAAUGAUUCUUAAACUCAUCGCUUUCAAACCCAGGGGUUAUUUUGGCGAUGCCUGGAAUGUGUUUGAUGCCCUGGUCGUGAUUGGCAGCGUAGUACACAUCAUUCUGAGUCAGGUAGAUAACACAGAGGAUACAGGACGAAUUUCAAUCACCUUCUUUCGUCUGUUUCGAGUCAUGCGUUUGGUCAAGCUCUUGAGCAGAGGAGAAGGCAUUCGGACACUACUCUGGACUUUCAUUAAGUCAUUUCAGGCUCUGCCGUAUGUCGCUUUGCUGAUAGCCAUGCUCUUCUUCAUCUAUGCAGUAAUCGGAAUGCAGGUGUUUGGGAAGAUUGCGAUGGUGGAUGAGACUCAGAUUAAUCGCAACAACAACUUCCAGACUUUUCCCCAAGCCGUACUCCUGCUUUUUAGGUGUGCUACAGGAGAGGCCUGGCAGGAGAUCAUGCUAGCAUGUUUGCCUGGUAAACAAUGCGACACUGAAUCAGAAAUCACCCUGGGAGAAGAGAAGUCAUGUGGCAAUGGUUUUGCAAUCAUCUACUUCAUCAGCUUCUACAUGCUUUGUGCUUUUCUGAUCAUCAAUUUGUUUGUGGCUGUCAUUAUGGAUAAUUUUGACUAUCUGACGCGCGACUGGUCAAUCCUUGGGCCGCAUCACUUGGAUGAAUUCAAGAGGAUUUGGUCUGAAUAUGACCCGGAAGCAAAAGGGAGGAUAAAACAUUUGGAUGUCGUAACAUUAUUGCGUAGGAUUCAGCCACCACUGGGCUUCGGUAAACUCUGUCCCCACAGGGUGGCAUGCAAGAGGCUGGUUGCCAUGAACAUGCCACUAAACAGUGACGGUACUGUCAUGUUUAAUGCCACCCUUUUUGCUCUGGUCAGAACAGCUCUAAAGAUCAAAACUGAAGGAAAUUUGGAGCAGGCCAAUGAGGAACUGAGGGCCGUCAUCAAGAAGAUCUGGAAGAGAACUAGUUCAAAACUCCUGGAUCAAGUGGUGCCACCUGCAGGAGAUGAUGAAGUUACAGUGGGGAAGUUCUAUGCCACGUUCCUGAUACAGGACUACUUUAGGAAAUUCAAGAAACGCAAAGAGCUCGGUCUUGUGGGACGCCACCCUGCGAGUCAUAGCACGGCCAUUGCACUACAGGCUGGUCUGCGGACACUCCAUGACAUCGGCCCUGAGAUUCGCAGAGCCAUAUCAUGUGAUCUACAAGAUGAAGAUCUGGUAGAUUUUAACCCUGAUGAAGAAGAAGACAUAUACCGGAGAAAUGGUGGCCUCUUUGGAAACCAUGUCAAUCAUGUCAACGGGGAUCACAGAGGCUCAUCCACCUCCACUAACGUCACCCAGCGACCCCUCCACGUCCCACCCCUUCCCUUCUAUGUCCAAGUUGAACCUCCUCCGCAGCCUCUUUAUGCCCAAAAUCGUCCAUAUUCAAACCCCAAUUUGUGCUUCAAGUCCCCCAAAUCCUCGAACUCCAACCUCAACAAUGCCAAUGUGCCAUGCAUGCCUGUCCUUACCAAUGGAGGGCAGCACCGCCCUCAUCCAGAUCGGCCCACCAGAAGCCGGGUGUCUUCCCUGGGUUCCUACCUCAACCUCAGGAGUGAUGCAGAAUCACAGCGAAAGUCUCAUUUUAAGAGACCACGAUACUAUGAGACCUAUAUUAGGUCAGACUCAACAGCUGGUUUUUACCCCACCAUCUGCCGACAAGGCUCCCUCCACCGUGAUGUCAGCGAUGAUGACAGAGCUUCAGUGGAGUAUUACAGUGGGGAGGAGUUUCAGGAGGAUGACCUCAUGCUGGCCGCGGAUAGAAGGUCAUAUAAAGAGUAUAAGGACACAGUAAGCAGCUUGGAGUCAAACCCUCCUCAUGAGACCCAAGACCCUGAGUGUUUUUAUGAUGAUGAUGAGCAGCCCAUUUGCCAAGAACCCAAGAAAUCGCCGAUAAGAAGACUUUUACCCUCAACACCUCAGGCUCCUCAUAGACCUUCCUUCAACUUUGAGUGUCUGUGCAGACAAAGAAGCCAGGAUGAGACUCCUCAUUCUCCUUCCUUUCAUCAGCACACAGCUCUAUCUUUGCAACUAAUGCAGCAUCAGGUGAUGGCUGUAGCCGGCCUAGACUCCAGCCGAGCACGACUCUCUCCUACACGCUCGAUCCACUCAUGGUCCACCCCCCCGGACACGCCCCCAUCCUACACCCCUCUCAUCCAGGUGGACUGGCAUGGAGCUCCACCCAGUGCCAGCAGCACUCCAGCACUGGCUCGUCGCAGCUCCUGGUACACCCAGAAGGGCCAUGAUUGGUCCCCAAAAUCGGUCACACCCACUUCCUCCCUCUUACAGAUACCACCUGCCUACAGCAGUCAGUAUCUACAGCAGAGGGGCAGCGCUCAUAGUCUGGUGGAGGCAGUGUUGAUAUCGGAGGGACUGGGAAAAUAUGCAAAGGACCCAAAUUUUGUUGCAGCAACCAAACAUGAGAUUGCAGAUGCAUGCGAGUUGACUAUUGAUGAAAUGGAAAGCGCAGCAAGCAACUUGCUAAAUGGAAGUCUGGGCAAUAGCAUGGCAUCAGAUGGCACAGGCACACCCCAGAGCAUCAUAGGCCACAGUCUCCACAACUACAGCGAUGAGGAGACCGAGCCGAACAGUAAAUACGAGGAAGACCUCACAGACGAAAUUAUAUGCAUUUCAAAUUUAUAGCAUUUGCUAAAACUAAAAAAAAAAAAAAGAACAAACAGAUGAAAGGAGAAAUAGUGCCUUCUAUGGGAGUAGAGACAAACAACUCUCUGGGCCGAUUAACCAAGCAAAAUUCUAUCCCAUUUUUACAGCCGUCAUCUAACUGGGACAUGGGCUUGCUGCAAAAAAAUUAGACACAAAAAUGUGAGCUCUCAACUGUAUGUAUGUAUGCGUGUGCAUGUGUGUGUUUCUCAACAGCUUUUUACAAGAAUAUUUUUCCACAUUCUUUACAUAUCAACCAAAAAAAAAAAAAAUCUUCUUGCAGUCAUAUCCCUCUCCAUUGCCUUACCCAAUGUACACGAAAGCUAGUAAUUAGCUUUGAUACACUGCCAUUCAUUGUCCAUUCCCAGUGUCACUCAAAAAGGAAUAACAAAACAGCCAGAUAAACCUGUUAAGCAAUAUCACCCCCUUACCAUGUCAUUAAGCAAAAACACAUCAUUAGGUGCAUAAGGGAGAAUCAGACAACACAGCAUAAAGUCUAGGCAAACCUCUCCCUAUAUUUAUACUAUAUGUUAAGUAAUUAGGGAAAAAAUAUUUUCGCACAAAGACGGUAAUAUUACACCAAUGACUAAAAGUAUUUAUGAAGAACAUUUCAGUCUAGCCAUGGUUUGAGCCAGCAUCAAUGCAAAAUCCACAUGAUGCGCAUAAGAACCAUGCAUUCCUUCUAAUGUGACACAUUACAAAAUGGGCAUGUGUACCAAAUGGGCAUGUGUUCCUGGAGGCAGGAUAAAUCUGCACAAAACAUUUUUCACUAAAGCAACCCCAGAUCAUAAUGGACAGUGGGCAUUAUGCAUGAUGGGUGCAUUGCUUCAUGCGCUUCCCUUCUUACCCCGAUGCACCCAUCACUCUGGAAUACUGUCAAUCAGACCACAUGACCUUUUUCCAUUGCUUUAAGGUCCAAUCUUUAUGCUCCCUAUCCUGACUAUCAAGUGGCCCAACAACAAAUUCUGUCAUUUCUACUGUCAAUUCUUUAUAAUAACGAGCCUUUCCCAAGUGUUUAAAUGAUCUCUGCUCAUGCUUAGUUAAAUAUAUAUAUGAUCACAUUACUUCUACAAAGUUAUUUAUAGACAUUUUGGAAAUAUGAAGGUCACAUUGGAAGGUCUGCUCCUGCGUAUCAUGUGUAGACGUAUGGGUUACCAAUGCUGCUUUACGAGAGAUGUAGUACCAUUGAGUGACAUUCAAAUACCAUUUAUUUUUACAGACAUGUUAAUGUAGUAUAAGCCAUGUUUUCAUGCUUUGUACCUUUAAGAUUCUGUUAGAAUUUUUUUUGCAUGGGUUUUGAAGAAUGUGUGUGAAAAGUCCUGCUGUCCUCAUCACACACUCCUACUCCUCAGGUGACCAGUCAUGUGAAGUACUACCUACACACAUCUGCACUACCCAAGAGCUGCUAACUCCACACUGCACCUUUGCUACCUCUACCAGUCAGGCUCUAAUGUAAUGUCAACAUGUUCCCUUAGGGACCAGAGACAUUACGAUGGGGAGUGAAACAGUUUUUGCCCUUUUUCAGAUUGUCUAAACAACUGUCGCAACAGUUGCAUGAGUGUAAAUCAUACUGUCAUUUCCAAGCUGCUCUCUGAUUUGGCUGUCCAAAACUGACUCCACCGAUAAAUCAAAGCCAGAGUGGGCCAGCUUGAAUGAUCUUAUAAGCCAAACGCUACCCCACGUCUUUUUAUCUCUCAUGAUGUUAAGUCUAGUUAGAAGGAUGGUUGUGUGACCAUAGACACGUUUUGUCGGUUGGUACUGUUGGUGACUUGGACAACUCAAAAACCUUCACAGAAGAUUAUCUAAAGAUUUUAUAGUCACUGUUUACAGGAUAGCAUUUUAAAAAAUUAAACAAUUCUAAACCAUUCAAGUAAUGCCUUUCAAACAAUGAAAGUCACUUAAAUAAAAAUAAAAAAAUCAGUUAUGGUUAAAUUUAAUGCCAGCCUGGUUGCAUGGGUACAGUUAUUUGAAGAAACAUUCUGUUUCACCUCUCCUAACUGCCAGGUGCAGUGGAAUCACUUGGGUACCUUCUUAUGAGUAUGUCCACAUUUAAAGUACAUUUUAUGUUGUAUAAGCAAUAAAUAUCGCUGUCAUAUGGUCAUAUUUCCCUUUUACCUUACUUUAUACAGUAAAAAGCCAUACAGGGUUUAUUUUUGUUCUUUCUUGUCAAUUCUACAUACAUACAGGUACUACCCCAGAACACCACAAAACUAUGUGGCAUCUGUUACCUUUGAGUUGUUCUUCCUCCACACUAUCCAGGAAUGGUGCAGGACUUAGUUUUUUCCGCCUUACAAUGAUCCUCUUGUUUUUUACUUGAGGCUGUACUACCCAAUUUUUAGCCUAAUGAGACCUGAUGCAAGACUUGCACAUAUGCAAAGAGUGUCUAAAUUGUUAGGAAGCUAAAGACAAGUACCUACUUUGUACUCACUGCGUCAGCAUAAGAGCAUCUUAAAGAGAUGUCUGUCUCCCAGUUGACGGCAGGUCUUCCAUGGUUCCUGGUAGCUUGCAGGAACAGGAAACAGGCAGCCACUCUGGAGGAGGUAAUUUGAACUGGAUAGGAUAAUGUUCAUAGGAUAAAUUAUCUGUGCCACCAUCCAAGCUUCUAGUGGAGUUUACAGAGGGAUUUAGACAGUUAGCUCACUCUUGCUCUGUAUCCCUAAACAUUCAGAUGAUUAUUUCCUGAAGGCAGGUACACUGAUGACAAGUUUUAGGUACAAUAGGUCAUGACGUCGGGGUCUGACAUCAUGAGCUAUUGUACCUAAAACUUGUCAUAGGUCUGUCUGUGCUUUCCCUACUACAGAGUUCAGUGGAUCAUCCUGAUUCUGUGUUCGAGAACUCGCAAUUGUGGGUACCCCAGAAUACAGCUGCUUUAAAGGUUUGCCUUCGUAAUAAACAGGUCUUGUAUGUCCCCAGGCGAAAGCUUUUUCUUGAAUAGAUGCAUCUAUUGGUCUAUAUGCAUCCAUCUAUCCAUCUAUCUAACAGUUUAAGUUGCUCAGACUCUGCUUCCAAAACAUCAACACCAAGAGCUCACUGGUUUUUUUUUCAGACUUGCAGAGAGUCUGCCACUAAGUGUUGGACAAACCAUUAUGGCCUACACCUCGGCCAGAUGCCCAGUCUCAUGAUAUGCCACUCUCAAGGGUAGAUUCCAAAGAGUGCUAUUCUAGAUGCUAACCAGUGCCCUGGAAAAGCUGUGGUGGUGGCUCAAAUGGUUGAGACUCUUGGUUACUUGUUAGAAGGAUGGGGUUUCAAGCCCCAGCAUCAGUAAUCUGACAUUGAACCCUCUUUGCUCCAGGGGUGCUGUAUCAUGGCCAAUCCUGUGCUCUGACUCUUAAAAGCGGGUAUAUGCAAAAAAAAAAAAAAAAAAACGAUCACUUUGCUGGAUUUAUUUGAAUUUCACUGCGCUGUAAAGUAUAUUUCAUUAUUAAAAGUGAAAACAUUCCAGGGACAAUUGGCUGUAUGACUAUGGUAUUUAUAAUAUUUAAUGAUUUUGUAAAAAUACUCUCCUGUCCAACUUUGUGACUUUAUAAAAUGAUCUCAGUAUCCAUGCACACAUGCACAGUAAAGCACGCAGGUGAUUCUCGCUGCACCCGAUGGUUAUCCGGGGUUCAUAAAACUACAGUUACAUAUGUAACUACCAUUAUGUAAACAGUUUCCAGUAUUUUCAUAUUCAAGUUUGGGUUAUAUCUUUUUUUGUCUAAUCUUUUUGCCAGCAACAAGGAUGUAAGAAAGCUUUAAUAGGUACUUCUGUUUUUAACCCAAUUUUAAAGGGUAUAAACUCCAAGGAUGUUUGCUUUUGACAAAUGAAACCUGAUGUAUUGUCUGAGCCAUAGAGCUUUUUUUCACACUUUUCUCUCUUGCCUAGAGAUAUUUGAAACUAAAAACUGCUUUUUGCACUUUUCAUGCUACUGUACACAAAGACAAUCUUUUUUAAAGCCCAUUUGAUGAAAUGUCAUGUUACAUUACAAACUUGUUGGUCCAUGUGUGGACAUAUCAUAGUUUUGUACUGCACAAUCAGUUUAUACGCUCCAUUUGAAAAUGUGUUUUAGUCGCAUUUGACUAAAAUCCCAGGGAUGAAUUCUGUUUCAAAAAUGAACGAGAUGCUGGGAAUACUGCAUCUGUCACUCACAGCCAUGCCACAUUCACUAAUCCAGUCAUGAAUUGUGUUUGUAUUAUUUUUCUACAUAGUAAAACACUGCAUUUGCGUCACUUGCAUCGCACGAAUGCAUGAAACCUGCACAAAGCCAAACUGCUUUGUAUCAUACUUUACCAACAAGGGCUCUGAGAAACAUUUCUGGUAUCAUACACUGCAAUGUCCUCAGUGAUCUCAUUUUCAUAUUUGGAAUUUGGAAAUGUAUGCAUCAAACGGCCUAGGCAAAAAUAUGCAUUUGAUGGGGAAAACAAAAACACUAGCUGUUUUUAAGCCAACUUAAUAAGCAAGGACAGGAAUGCUCUUAUAGGACAGGACUGCUAUAUAAGCAGUAGGCGGUUAUUGAGAUAAUACCAAACUUUAAAGCUAAAAUUCAAAUAACACAAUAAAAUUCACCUGCAUCAUUUGUAUUUUAAAUAUAUCUCCUUGCCAUUUGUUCCAUCAUUGUCAUUUUAAAUCUUUAAAAUUAGGUAUAGGGCAUUUAAGUGUACACAAGUCCUUUUUGCAUUGAACAGCAGUUUUAUUAGGUAAAUGAUGUUAAAUUAUGUUAUGAAGAGAAUUUACAAGGCAAUGUAAAGGUUCUAAUUCAAAUGGUUUAUUUUCAUAUAGUGAUUUUGUGUACAUCAUACAUUUUUGUUCAAUAACUAUUUAUUUGAAGUAUUCUGAGAUCUGCCUGUAGCUCAUUGCCCAGAAUUGCCAGUUUUGUAUCGAUGGACAAUCUGUUUUUGUACAUUAGCUAUUCUCUCUUGUUCUUGGCCUGGAUUAUUUUCUAACCAAAUAAACUGUUUAAAAAUACUCAGUGCUAUGAUAAUCAUCAACACAACAGGAACUAACAGACUAGUAAACCAAUAGUAGUGUAAACAACUUUGCAUUGCUUCCAACCUUCACGUUUUAUUUCUUUAAACUGUCAGAAUGUACUUAAAUGUGCUUUGUUAGUCACUGAUUCAGAAAUGUAUAAUUCCAUACAGACUCACGUUAUUCUGGUUGUGCAACUGAUAUUUAAUACUUUGUCAAAGUACAGACAGAUCAGUACUUUCUGAUUUUGUUACAGCAGCUCAGUAAUGCUUAUCCAUGCUGAAGAAAAUGUAACUCUCUUUGUUAUAAACACAUCACAACUUACAGUUCCUAACAGGUUUGUGCAAUAAUACAUUCAGUAUGCUUUCACAUAAGUAGUGUUGAUGCAAUUCGCAUCCAGCCCUGGUGUUAGCACAUUUCUGACCAAAAAACUAAAUAGUUUAACAUGCAUGUUCUCAGCC